UCAGAGCAGACUUAUUGUUGGACAAAAGCAAGGACUAGUUUGUGAAUUCAGACUACUGCAGAGGAAAGAUCAUUACACCGACAAUUGUCUUAAAAUAAACUCAUCACCAUGACAAAGAGUUCAUGGCAACGUUGGUUUGAGGCUCUCAAGUUCUUGGGAUUAUAUUUGGAGCGGCAAAAAGUGAUUGCAGAGCCUGAAGAACGGGGGCGUGUUGUGCUGAGCCCCGACUCCAGAGGAAUGGAACAGAUGAGUCGAGGAAGAGACCAUGGAACUUCACUCAGAAAAUACGAUAUGACAGCAAUACAUCAUUUAAAUACAAUUUCUGUCACAUCGACCGCUCAUGGAAACAAUGCCAGGCCGCAGCCGUCAACUUCAAAUUUUCUAAAGGAAGUCGAACUCCAGAUGCUGCUCAUAGACCGAGCCAUCGAGCAUAUCAGUGACGUAUAUUCAUGGAUUCUCAUUUUUCUGUCUAUAUGGUUUCUUACUGACCUCCUCUUCGGCAUCUACUUGCUGAUGACACCCUCGUCGCAUAAUUAUGGUGUCUUCGACACACUUGGAUACAUAUGCGUGAUAUCUGAGGCGCUUUGCUACCUGUUUUUAAUGCAUAACCCAGCGGACGAAUUGUCGGAAGCAGAAGAAGCGUUCAUAUUGAAUCUGCGGAUGUUCAUUUACGGCUUGCCCGACGAUCAGCAAAUGAAGCCCAGCACAGGCAUCAUCCUCUCUCUGCAAAGGAGCCGCACACUGACGUUAUGCAACUUCGGCACCAUCGGUCGGGGCUCUUUUCUAAACGCACUGGCGUUCAUGUUUUCGUACGUGGUGGUGAUAAUCCAGUUCCGUGACGCUGAAACUCCCGCUGGGCCCACAACGCUUCCUGCUAACGCCAGCAUCGUUCCUACUAACGCCAGCAUCGUUCCUACUAACGCCAGCAUCGUUCCUACUAACGCCAGCAUCGUUCCUACUAACGCCAGCAUCGUUCCUACUAACGAUACCGUCACUCUUACCGUCAAUGCCACAUAA